AGCAAGUAGCAACUGCUAUUGAUAUUGAAGGGUUGAAACGCCGAGGUGCUUCCUUGUUGGGGUCAAUUGAAGUCUUACAAAAGAGAGAGCGAAGAAAUCAGAAAUGGCGUCCAAAGCUCCAAAGAAGGCCAAUCUCUUAGAUCACCACUCAAUCAAGCACAUCCUGGACGAAUCUGUCUCUGAGGUAGUAACGAGUCGUGGGUAUGUGGAAGACGUGAGAUUGAGCAACGCCAGGCUCUUCAUUGGGGCCAUUAUCAUCGUCGUUGCUCUCUUCGCCCAGUUUUAUAAAAAGAAGUUCCCUGAGAAUAGGGAUUUUCUCAUUGCCUGCAUCGCCUUGUAUGUAAUAUUCAAUGGGCUCUUGCAGCUGAUCAUAUACACUAAGGAGAAAAAUGCCAUUCUGUUUACUUACCCUCCUGCUGGUUCUUUGACCACCACUGGCUUGGUUGUUUCCUCCAAAUUGCCUAGAUUUUCUGACAUGUACACACUUACUAUAGCAAGUGCAGAUCCAAAAUCAAUUUCUGCAAAUGAACCAGUGCAUUUUACCAAAAGUGUUACUGAGUGGUUCACCAAGGAUGGAGUCUUAGUUGAGGGCCUGUUCUGGAAGGAUGUUGAAGCUUUGAUAGUUCAAUAUACGAAAGAACCAAAGAAGAGCAAGUAAAACAGAGACAUGAACUUGGUUCUGCAGAGCCCUUUUUUGGAAGAGAAGCAUAUACCUGGAUAUGAUUUAUUAUUCUAUACAUUUUCGACAUUUAAAAUGAAAGUGAGGGAAUCAAGCUUUCACCAGCUAUAGGGCACCAUUUAUUCCCAUAUUCGACAGUUUAUUUCGUAGAGAAAGGUCGAACCUUUAUUCUCAUCUAAUUUCAUAAGAACAAUUAGGGGUUGU